CUAGCCUCCUUAGGUUAGAUGGUCUGCUAGCUAACUGUUUAUUGACCCAGCUACUAAGCCAAAAUGAGUUUGGACACACUUUUUCAACAAAUUCUUUUAACUGAGCAACAGUUAGCAGAACAGACACAAAAAAUCAAGGAUGUCAAAAUAGCCAUCAUCAGAUGCAAUGAGAAGAUAAAGAGUGUCACUGAGCAGUAUGGAAAGAGCAAAGAGGAACUUGAUGAAAAGGCUCAGCAGUUGUCUGCAAUGAGGCUGCGGUGUGACCUGGCAAAGAAAUAUGAGAACCAGAUGUUAAAGCAAAUUGAAGAGCUGCUCUGUCAGAAGAACCACCUCAGGGAUCAUCUAACCAAGAUAAAGAUGGUGGCUAAAGAAGAGGAGGAAAACUUCCUUCAAGAGAUCUCAAGGUUUAACAGUGACUUCAGUCUUAAGGCGAACAGAGAAACAGUCUUCAAGAGCCAAACUCACACUGUGCUCCUGGAUCUGGAGAAGGAGGUGGAAUCGAUACACAAAGAGAAGGAGUUGAUGAGCUGCACAAACAGUCACAUGAGCUCCAUUGCAGAAGAGAAGAGAGCACUCCUGCUUGAACUACAGAGUCUGAAUGAUAUCGACGAAGACCUGGAUCGGCAGCUGAGUGAGGCUGAAGCAAUGACAGAAUCUCUGAGAUCGGAGAGCCAGCUUGUCAGUCAGAAACCUCUCACUGACAGCUCCUGUCUGAGGCUGAGGAAGGAGCUGGAGAUACACAAAGAAGGACAACUUGAGCAUCUGCGAGAGGAACUAAGCUCAGAAAUUCAAAAGCUGGACAGCAGCCAAGGGGCUGAGAAGUGUUAGGUUAGGCACGCUGAUAAUUUGCAAAGUUUAUCUUGUUUGUCUUAUGUUCAAAAACAAAGAUGCUGAUUUACAGACGGUUAGUUUCUGCUUCCCUGCUGUCUUUAUUCUUCUUUAUCUCCUAAGAGUCUUAACUAAGCCCUGGAUAAUAUUUGUUUUUCUAUGUGUGGAUUGAAUAUUUUCUUUCUGUUGGUCUUUACACUUUUGUGCCCAUUUCUGAGAAAAAAAAAAACAAGUUUAUUAAAAUGUA